AGGACUACAUUUCCCGAGAAUCCCUGCGUGCACUGGGGCUCCGAGCCUGCUAACACGCGGCUCUGAGCGUGUGGUUCCGAGUUUGAGCUGCUGGUGCGACAGUCUGCGCGAUGCCCAAGGCCAAGGGGAAGACUCGGAGGCAGAAGUUCGGUUACAACGUCAACCGAAAGCGUCUGAACCGCAAUGCUCGUCGGAAGGCUGCUCCGCGGAUCGAGUGCUCCCACAUCCGACAUGCCUGGGACCACACCAGAUCCGUGCGGCAGAACCUGGCGGAGAUGGGGUUGGCCGUGGACCCCAACAAGGCGGUUCCCCUCCGUAAGAGGAAGGUAAAGGCCAUGGAGGUAGACAUGGAGGAGAGACCCAAGGACCUUGUGCGGAAGCCCUAUGUGCUGAAUGACCUGGAGGCAGAAGCCAGCCUCCCAGAGAAGAAAGGAAAUACCUUGUCUCGGGACCUCAUUGAAUAUGUUCAUUACAUGGUGGCAAACCAUGGGGAGGACUAUAAGGCUAUGGCCCGGGAUGAGAAGAAUUACUAUCAAGAUACACCAAAGCAGAUUCGGAAUAAGAUCAAUGUCUAUAAGCGCUUUUACCCAUCAGAGUGGCAAACCUUCAUGGAUUCUUUGCAGAAUAAGAAGAUGGAGGUUGACUGAGUGGUGGGCACCCCCACACUUAGGUCUACUGGACUAAAGAAACCAAAGCCAGGUUUUGGGGCAAGGAGUAUAUUGUUGCAGACGAUGCUGACAAAGUCCUAUAGGAUCAGGUUUUACAUACACACUCUCUCUCUCUCUCUCUCUCUCUCUCUCUCUCUCUCUCUCCUCUCUCUCUCUCUCUCUCCAUGAGAAGGAAUUUUUUUUGAGGGGGAGGGUCUAAUAGCUGUAGAUGUCCUGGAACUUGGCUUUGUAGACCUGGAUGGCCUCAAACCCACAGGGUUUUGCUCCAAGUUGGGGUUAAGGGGAAGGUGUGCGCCCUACACCUAGCUGGAGAAGGAACUCUUUAGAGGCCAUAGCUUAUUAUUCUAUUUGGGUUUACAUAAAGGCCAGGGCUUGGUGUUCAGUGUCCAGAGGUGAUGCUUUAUUUGAAUGUGAUCUGUACAUGAUAAAAGUGCAUUUUACCUGUGAAAUGGGAUUGUUGUUGUUGUUGUUUUGAGACAGGGUUUCUCUGUGUAGCCCUGACUGGGAUUAAAGGCAUAUGGCACUA